AUGGACCGGCCUACUUCACGAAGCUCCAGGGAGCUCACCAAGACCCGCUUCACAUCACCGGCAUCGGCCAUGACACAACCAUCGACGACUCCUAUCGUUCUCGAUAUGUCGGAAAAGCCACUGCCACCAUCAAACGACUCGGAUAUUGAGCAUACCGAUAAGAAGGAAAGCGGUACCGAAGAUGAGGGAAGCACGGCGGCGGACCAAGAGGAAGCCGAGGAGGAGUACAUCGAGGGCCUCAAGCUCAUCCUUGUCCUAGCGGCACUAACGCUCACUGUGUUUCUCAUGAUGCUGGACAUGUCUAUCAUCACUACGGCCGUUCCGGAGAUCACAACAGCGUUCAACUCUCUUUCUGACGUUGGAUGGUAUGGUGCAGCAUACAGUCUCUGUGGUGCCGCCCUGCAGCCCUUGGCCGGCAAGCUUUACACGCACCGUCAUUCGAAAGAAAUUUUCCUUGCCUUCCUCUUCGUCUUCGAGGCCGGAUCUCUUAUCUGCGCCCUCUCUAAUUCAUCAACACUGUUCAUCAUCGGACGGGCUGUCUCAGGCAUGGGAUCAGGGGGACUUUUCAAUGGUUCAUUGACUAUCAUCGGCGCCACCGUCCCAUUGGAAAAGAGACCGUUGAUAAUUGGGAUCAUGAUCGGUAUUUCGAACAUUGGCAUUGUCGCUGGACCUCUUGUGGGAGGAGCCUUGACCCAGUACACGACCUGGCGUUGGUGUUUCUACAUCAACCUUCCAAUUGGUGCAGUCACCGCAGCUAUGCUUUUCCUUAUCCACAUCCCGUCGAAGAUCACCAAGCCAGUCUCCCUCGUCCAAAUACCCCGAUAUCUCGAUCUUCCCGGUUUCGCCCUCUUCGCUCCCGCGGCUAUCAUGUUCCUUCUCGCUCUACAGUUCGGUGGCAAUGACUAUAGCUGGGACUCAUCUGUAGUUAUCGGCUUGUUCGUCGGCGCUGCCGUGACCGCUGGGCUAUUCAUCUUCUGGGAGCACAGAGAAGGUGACGAAAAAGCCAUGGUCCCAAUGGGACUGUUCAAGAAUAGGAUCGUCUUGACGAGCAGUCUGGUUGGAGCCCUGAACAUGAGCAUUACACAGGUGUCAAGCUACUACAUCCCCAUGUAUUUCCAGAGCGUCAAGGGUGAGACGCCGUUCCGGGGUGGUGUUCACUUCUUGCCGACUAUCAUUGCCCAGUUGGUCUUUGCUGUCGCCUCAGGGGCUUUAGUUGGUAGGAUGGGAUACUACCUUCCCUGGGCUGUAUUUGGUUCCGUCUUAUCGGCGAUCGGUAACGGCCUCAUUUCUACCUGGGAUCCAUCUACAGAUUCUGCCAAGUGGAUUGGCUAUCAAGUCCUCCUCGGCGCCGGCCGUGGUGCCUGUAUGCAAAUGCACAUCAUCGCCGUCCAAGCCAAUAUACCGCCAGCGACCCUUUCCGUAUCGAUGGCAAUGCUUGUCUUCAUGCAAACGUUUGGCGGUGCCAUUUUCCUGACAGCAGGCGAAGUCAUUUUCAGCGAAGGUCUGGGCAAGAACUUGGCAAAGUACGCGCCGGCAGUAGAUGUGAAGACAGUACUGGCUGCGGGCGGCACAGGGUUUAGGACCGUUGUACCGGAGAGCGAUUUGCCUGGGGUGUUGGUGGCAUAUUCGAAGAGUAUCGGUGAGGUGUUUUACCUCAUGAUCGGAAUCGGUGGUCUCGCGUUUGUGCUCUCGUGGGGUAUGGGUUGGGUCGAUAUCCGUAAGAAGAAGGGGGAAAAGAAGGGCGAAGUCUGA